GUCUCUCGUUCAGAUGGAGCAGCAGGCAGCCGUGCAGCAGCCGGCGAAUUCUCAAGCAACGCUCCCACCAAAGCAGAUUUCUGCCAAUCCGAAACCGACUUCCGGAGUCAGUAGUCAGAAGGACAUUUUAGGCGAGCUCGCGGCCGACGCGGUUAAGGCGGCGAACGAAGCACGCGCGAUCGCUGACGAAAGUGCAUCCGCUGCAGAAGCGACGGCAGCAGCAGCAAGCAGUGAAUUAGCAGGCACAACAGUUGCUGAAACAGCCGCAGAUGCUGCAGUAGCAGCAGCAGCAGCGGCAGUGCCAGCUGUCACUGGCGCAGGAGCGAUGGUGCUGGGGACCGAAGCUGUGGACGGUGUUGCUGACGUGGCUGGCGCGGGUCCUGCUGACGCCGUUGCGGCAGUAGCAGCCGCUGACGUGGCGAGCGCCGCCACGGACGCCGCGACCGACGUGGCUGCUCACGCCGCCGAAUCCGCCGCUGACGAAGCCUCCGACGAGGAAAACGAUCUCGAUAGCGCCGAAGAAGCGAGAAAGAAAGCCUUAGAAGACGCAGAGCUGGUGUGGCAUAAGUGCGUGCAGUCGGAGAAGCUGGGCGAGGUGUGCGUGGGGGUGUUUGUGGACUCUCAGCAGGAGCCGCCACUGCUGUUCUCAGAGAUCAGCCUGCGGAACCACACGUUCCUGGUGCCGCUCGCCAAGGCCAAGGCGUGCUUGGACGACCAGCUGCUGCUGAAUCUGCUGCUGCACGACCCCAAGCUCGCGCCCUUUGCUGCAGAAAUCAAGGCCAUCAUGAUCAUGGAGAAGCUGGCUGCUGCUGAUGUCAUCAGCGAGUGCGUACUCUUUAACGGCCUCUCCAUUACAGUGGACAAACCCAACGACUGCCUGUACAUAUCGGCCUGUCCCCGCCUCUGCUCCCGUCUGGGCUGUCGCCAUGGGCACUGCCUCUACUCCAAGGACAAGGAGUUUGAGUGCUUCAGGGUGCGCGUGCCCCUGCACAGGCACAGCAGGGAUGUUGCAGUGCGCUAG